GGGAGGGUGAUGAGUAGGGGCGGCGGGGGGCGAUGGGGCUCGGUCUCGGUGGAGUUGGUGAUGGCGGCGUGCGCGGGCUGCGAUGGUGUUUGCGGGUUCUGGAAAAGGGUGGAGGGCCCCGAGGAGCGGCGGCUGCUGGAGCUCUUCUCCUACGGGCUGAUAGUGCUGGGCGCCGGCUCCGCCCUGCUGCUCUGCUUCAUCCCUAUGCCCUACGGCCGGUACUCCACGCGGCGCUUCGGCUGGCUGCUGCCCGCCCGCGCUGCCUGGGCGCUGCAGGAGCUGCCCUCCCUCCUCGUCCCGAUCGGGCUCGCCGCCUGCGGUGGGGAGGCCAUCGCCGCCCUGGCUAACCGUGCCCUGCUGGGCUGCUUCGUCCUGCACUACGCGCACAGGGCACUCAUAUUUCCUCUUCUGAUCCGUGAAGGAAAACCAACACCAUUUGUCACUUUUGUGUUAGCACUUCUGUUCUGCGUUUUCAAUGGAUACUUGCAGGGCCGAAGCUUAAGCAACUAUGCAACUUACCCUCCAGGCUGGUUGCAAGAUCCAUGCUUCAUUACAGGUUUUAUAGGGUGGUUGCUCGGCAUGGGAAUUAAUAUUCAUUCUGAUCAUAUUCUCAGAAAUCUGAGAAAACCAGGGGAAAGUGGUUACAAGAUACCAAGAGGAGGAAUGUUUGAGUAUGUCAGUGGAGCCAACUUUUUUGGAGAGAUUCUGGAGUGGUUUGGGUUUGCCCUUGCCUGCGGCACUACUGAAAGCCUUGCAUUUGCAUUGUGUACUCUUUUCAUCUUGGGUUCAAGGGCAAGGCAACACCAUCAAUGGUACCUUGAGAAAUUUGAAGACUACCCAAAGGACAGAAAAAUUGUGAUCCCAUUUUUGUACUGAGCUGUGCUUUUAACACUGUCUGAGAUGGAUGCUUUUAGUAACAGCUAACAUUUUACAGGUGGUGGCAAGUUAAAAACAUACUCUCAUCCUCACUGUGACAAAGCCUUUCCAUCAGUGCUGCUAUUACUUACUUCUUUUUCCUCUUAAUGGUAACCAAGAAUCUGAUGGACAUGGUGAAUAGGAACAGAAAUGCUUUUCCAGCAGUGAAGCACCUUCCUGAACACCUUAGGCAGUGAGUCUGACUGCCUGUGCAGGCUUCUGCUGUUUCCACUCAAUCUAGUCACGCUGUCCUGAGCAUUCUGCCGUGAGCCCAGUCACUCUCACUGCAGUCUGGAUGGUGUGUUCCGCCUAUUAUUUGCCUACAUACACAAAUAGGGUUGAUUUCAUUUUUUCUUCCUUGCCUUUCUAAUCCUUUCUUCCCUCCACCUGCAUUUUCCGGAGAGCUGAUGAUGCAGACCAAGGAAUUAAAUGAAUGUAGUUGCUGUUAGGUGAGAGGCAAUGUUCCUCCUCUUUGCACUCUUUCAUGUGGAUAUUGUAUAGAUAAUUCUAUACAGGAUACUGUAUAGAUAAUAUUUAAUGCUAUUUACAUAAAAGUUGUAGGGCUAUCUUCCCCAAGUAAUAGAUUAAUAUUGUCAUCUACCUCUUAAAAUUGAUAGCUAUCUCAAUAUGCAAUAUGUGUCUUCUCACUCUAAACUGUUUUUGGAAGGCAUUCUUUACUUAGGAUACUUAGGCCAGUCUAGCACUAUUAAAAAAUGUGUAAUAUUUUCUAACUCACUUUAUAAAAAAACCUUGGGAUUUUUACAAAAUUUUCUUACUAUGUUGUUUUAAAAAAUCAAGUGUUUUUCUUCUUCUGUUCAUUUUAGAUGAUUUUAUAUUCUGGAAUAUAAAUUAAUGUCAGUGCUCAUACUCCAACAUUUUACUCAUGAAGGACUCCAGAAUGCUUUCAAGAGCAUGAUGGGAUUCCAAGCAUACAGACUUUCAAGUUUCAGGCACAUCUGUGUGCUUUGCAUGAUUGUGAUAAUAAAGAAUUUUUUAGAAUUCCUAAG